AUGGGAAAGCGACCGAGCUACAAAAAGAAGUGUGUCGACAGACUGGUUACUGCAGAAAUGUUGCGCUCCUGUUAUGCACUUCUGGUGUGUCUUACCUACGUGCCACGAAUCAGUUUAGCAGCAGAAUGGACGCCAGUUGACGUUCUUGUGAGCGAGGUGUCGGGUUCAAGGACAUCGAAGUAUUCAAUCGAUGGAAUGCCACAAGACCUCCACGUCCAUGUAACAGGAAGCGGAAAUGACGUUGAACUCACACUGACUCGCGGCAUGGACUCGUCAUCAGAUCUGCCCGUCUACCUUAUCAGAAACGGUGUGGCCAACGAAGUGGACCUUCCGUCCGUCCAGAAUUCUGCAAACUACAAUUGGACGUUACGGUCGAUCCACAUAUCGUGCGUAAAAACAGAGCGGAAUGGUAUAUUUGUGGAUGGUUCCAAUGAGUCUCGUCUAAUUUCCAACGACAGCGGCAACUUCAUCACACCCGAAGAUGUGGACUACAACAACGAUUACGUCAUCAGAUCAGAUCUGAUCUACAGUGGUACAGCAGCUCGAGUCAGACGGCAGGCCGACUCAGAACACACUGUAGAAAUCCUCUUUGUUGCAGACUACAAAGAUCUCACCAAGUAA